AUGGCCCCCGCCCGGGGCCCCCUGCCCCCCGCGCUCUGGGUCGUCACGGCCGCGGCGGCGGCCACCUGCGUGUCCGCGGCGCGCGGCGAAGUGAAUUUGCUGGACACAUCGACCAUCCACGGGGACUGGGGCUGGCUCACGUAUCCCGCUCAUGGGUGGGACUCCAUCAAUGAGGUGGACGAAUCCUUCCGGCCCAUCCACACGUACCAGGUGUGCAACGUCAUGAGCCCCAACCAGAACAACUGGCUGCGCACCAGCUGGGUGCCCCGCGACGGCGCCCGGCGCGUCUACGCCGAGAUCAAGUUCACCCUGCGGGACUGCAACAGCAUGCCCGGCGUGCUGGGCACCUGCAAGGAGACCUUCAACCUCUACUACCUGGAGUCGGACCGUGACCUGGGCGCCAGCACGCAGGAGAGCCAGUUCCUCAAAAUCGACACCAUCGCGGCCGACGAGAGCUUCACAGGGGCCGACCUGGGCGUGCGGCGCCUCAAGCUCAACACGGAGGUGCGCGGCGUGGGCCCCCUCAGCAAGCGCGGCUUCUACCUGGCCUUCCAGGACAUCGGCGCCUGCCUCGCCAUCCUGUCUCUCCGCAUCUACUACAAGAAGUGCCCCACCAUGGUGCGCAACCUGGCCGCCUUCUCGGAGGCGGUGACGGGGGCCGACUCGUCCUCGCUGGUGGAGGUGCGGGGCCAGUGCGUGCGGCACUCUGAGGAGAGGGACACACCCAAGAUGUACUGCAGCGCCGAGGGCGAGUGGCUGGUGCCCAUUGGCAAGUGCGUGUGCAGCGCGGGCUACGAGGAGCAGCGGGAUGCCUGUGUGGCCUGUGAGCUGGGCUUCUACAAGUCGGCUCCCGGGGACCAGCUCUGUGCCCGCUGCCCUCCCCACAGCCACUCUGCAGCCCCUGCCGCCCAGGCCUGCCGCUGCGACCUCAGCUACUACCGUGCAGCCUCGGACCCACCGUCUGCAGCCUGCACCCGCCCGCCCUCAGCACCGGUGAAUCUGAUCUCCAGCGUCAAUGGGACAUCCGUGACCCUGGAGUGGGCCCCUCCGCUGGACCGGGGUGGCCGCAGCGACAUCACCUACAAUGCCGUGUGCCGCCGCUGCCCCUGGGCCUUGGGUCACUGCGAGACGUGCGGGAGCAGUACCCGCUUCGUGCCCCAGCAGACCAGCCUGGUGCAGGCCAGCCUGCUGGUGGCCAACCUGCUGGCCCACAUGAACUACUCCUUCUGGAUCGAGGCCGUCAACGGCGUGUCUGAGCUGAGCCCCGAGCCCCGCCGGGCCGCCGUUGUCAACAUCACCACGAACCAGGCAGCCCCAUCCCAGGUGGUGGUGAUCCGUCAGGAGCAGGCAGGGCAGACCAGCGUCUCGCUGCUGUGGCAGGAGCCAGAGCAGCCCAACGGCAUCAUCCUGGAGUACGAGAUCAAGUACUACGAGAAGGACAAGGAGAUGCAGAGCUACUCCACCCUCAAGGCUGUCACCACCAGGGCCACCGUCUCGGGCCUCAAGCCGGGCACCCGCUACGUGUUCCAGGUCCGAGCCCGCACCUCGGCCGGCUGCGGCCGCUUCAGCCAGGCCAUGGAGGUGGAGACCGGGAAACCCCGACCCCGCUACGACACCCGCACCAUCGUCUGGAUCUGCCUGACACUCAUCACUGGCCUGGUCGUGCUUCUGCUCCUGCUCAUCUGCAAGAAGAGGCACUGUGGCCACAGCAAGGCCUUCCAGCGCUCGGACGAGGAGAAGAUGCACCAUCAGAAUGGGCAAGCACCUCCCCCUGUCUUCCUGCCCCUGCACCACCCUCCAGGGAAGAUCCCAGAGCCCCAGCUCUAUGCAGAACCCCACACCUACGAGGAGCCGGGCCGGGCGGGCCGUGGUUUCACCCGCGAGAUCGAGGCCUCCAGGAUCCACAUCGAGAAAAUCAUUGGCUCCGGAGAGUCUGGGGAAGUCUGCUACGGGCGGCUGCGGGUGCCGGGCCAGCGGGACGUGCCUGUGGCCAUCAAGGCCCUCAAAGCCGGCUACACAGAGAGACAGCGGCGGGACUUUCUGAGCGAGGCGUCCAUCAUGGGUCAGUUUGACCACCCCAAUAUCAUCCGUCUUGAAGGUGUCGUCACCCGUGGCCGCCUGGCAAUGAUCGUGACCGAGUACAUGGAGAACGGCUCUCUGGACGCCUUCCUGAGGACUCACGACGGGCAGUUCACCAUCAUGCAGCUGGUGGGCAUGCUUAGAGGAGUGGGUGCUGGCAUGCGCUACCUCUCGGACCUGGGCUACGUCCACCGUGACCUGGCCGCCCGUAACGUCUUGGUCGACGGUAACCUGGUCUGCAAGGUGUCUGACUUCGGGCUCUCGCGGGUGCUGGAGGACGACCCCAAUGCCGACUACACCACCACGGGAGGGAAGAUCCCCAUCCGCUGGACAGCCCCCGAGGCCAUCGCCUUCCGGACCUUCUCCUCGGCCAGCGACGUGUGGAGUUUCGGGGUGGUCACAUGGGAGGUGCUGGCCUACGGGGAGCGGCCCUACUGGAACAUGACCAACCGGGACGUCAUCAGCUCCGUGGAGGAGGGGUACCGCCUGCCCGCGCCCAUGGGCUGCCCCCACGCCCUGCACCAGCUCAUGCUUGACUGCUGGCACAAGGACCGGGCCCAGCGGCCUCGCUUCUCCCAGAUCGUCAGUGUCCUGGACGCGCUGAUCCGCAGCCCCGAGAGUCUCAGGGCCACGGCCACUGUCAGCAGGUGCCCACCCCCCGCCUUUGCCCGGAGCUGCUUUGACCUCCGCGGGGGCGGGGGUGGCGGCCUCACUGUGGGGGACUGGCUGGACUCCAUCCGCAUGGGGCGCUACCGGGACCACUUCGCUGCCGGGGGUUACUCCUCUCUGGGCAUGGUGCUACGUAUGAACGCUCAGGAUGUGCGUGCCCUGGGCAUCACCCUCAUGGGCCACCAGAAGAAGAUCCUGGGCAGCAUCCAGACCAUGAGGGCCCAGCUGCCCAGCACCCAGGGGCCCCGCCGGCACCUCUGA